AUGGCGGAGAUUUGCACACAUUUCGAGAAGAUCUCGCGGACAUCACCACAGGCCAUCGGCAGGCCAGUCGGGCAACCCUCGACAAUUAGCCGACCGGCGUUAUUCGACCCCAUAGUGGCCGAGUGGAGGUACACUUUCGGGAGUGGAAGGAUGGAAUUGAAUACUGACAGUUCUGAAGUUAGAGCUUUAUCACAUUGGAGAGAACUUCUAGAAAAGAUCGGCGAUAUGGAAAAAAGUUGGAUUCAUUCAAAGAAUAGGAAUUCAGAAGAAUAUAGAAGAAAAGUUGAUGAAUUUUUAGAGUUAGCUUACAAAGACAAGACUGAAGAUAGCAGAAUUUAUUGUCCAUGUUGUGAUUGCAAGAAUCGUUAUUUUGUCUCUAAGUUAGAUGCUAGGAUGCAUAUUAUUGUUAGAGGCUUUUAUAACAAAUAUAGAGUUUGGGUUUACCAUGGGGAAACUUACAGUUCUCAACAAACAACCUUGUCUUCUGGAGGUGCAAGUGAUAUGAAUACAGAUGAUAAUAUGUUUAGAAUGGUUCAAGAUGUUUUUGGUGCCAACAAUAGCCAUGAUUUUGGAUUAGAAGAUGAUUUAGUUGGGAUGGAUGACAAAAUCAGGAGAUAUAUGAAAUUAUUGCAAGAAGCUGAGUGUGAAUUGUAUGAAGGUUGUAAGAAUUUCACAAAAUUGGCAUUCAUUGUUCAUCUCCUACAACUAAAAGUUCUAGGUAGUUGGCUUGAUAAUUCCUUCACUCUUUUACUUCAAUUGUUGGUAAAAGCCUUUCUUCAUGCAAAGUUACCUUCAUCCUUUUAUGAAGCCAGAAAAAUAAUUGAAGAUCUUGGCUUCACAUACCACACUUGGGAUGUUUGCCCAAAUGACUAUAUGAUAUUUCGUGGUGAAGAUAGUAAACUUAAAGAAUGUGAAGUAUGUGAAUCACCUCGAUACAAGCCUGGGGGUAAGCAAAUUGCUGCAAAGCAAAUAAGGUAUUUUCCAUUAAAGCCAAGAUUGCAAAAACUUUUCUUGUCAUCUGAGAUUGCUUCAUUAAUGAAAUGGCAUGAAAACGAAAGAACUGAUGAUGGUGUCCUGAGACACCUUGCUGAUUCUCAGGCUUGGAAGUCUUUUGAUAACAAAUAUUCAUCUUUUGCUAAUGAUUGUCGUAAUAUUAGACUUGGAUUAGCUGCGGAUGGAUUCAGUCCUUUUAGAACAAUGAACAUAUCUCAUAGUACGUGGCCUGUUGUGCUUAUUCCAUACAAUUUACCCCCAUGGCUAUGCAUGAAACAAUCAAAUCUCAUAUUAUCUCUGCUUGUUGAUGGGCCUAAAGCACCUGGAAACAGAAUAGAUGUAUACUUACAGCCACUCAUUGAAGAAUUAGUAGAACUAUGGAAUGAUGGUAUAUAUACUUAUGAUGCUUCAAGUAAGCAAAUGUUUAAUCUUCGUGCAGCUUUAUUAUGGACAAUCAGUAAUUUUCCGGCUUAUGGAAAUUUAUCUGGGUGGAGUACAAAAGGGAGAUUUCGAAAGCUGAGAGCAUCCUUUGAUGGAACACGAGAAUAUGGAAACAAGCCAAGAAGGCUUUCAGGGUAUGAAAUGUAUGAAGAAGUGAGAGAAGUUUUAACGGAUUAUAAGAAAGAAGACAUUAACAAAAGACACAAUGGGGAGUUUCAUUUACCAAGUGAGACCAAUUGGAAGAAAAAAAGUAUUUUUUUUGAGUUGCCUUAUUGGAUGGAUAAUUUAGUACCACAUAAUAUUGAUGUGAUGCAUACAGAGAGAAAUUUCAUGGAAAAUGUACUUUCUACAAUACUUGGCAUAGUAGGAAAAUCAAAGGAUCAUCUGAAUGCUCGUCGUGAUUUGAAAGAAAUGGGAUUAAGGAAAGCAUUGCAUCCUACUCUAAUGGCCUCUGGUAAAGAGCGUAUUCUUCCUGCAAAAUUUACAAUGUCCAAGGAUGAAAAAUUAGUUUGUUGUAAAGUUUUGAAAAAUAUCAAACUUCCAAACGGCAUUGCAUCAAAUAUAUCAAAAUGUGUACACUUGGAAGAGCGAAAUAUAUGGGGUUUGAAGUCUCAUGAUCAUCAUAUUCUUAUGCAACUGUUGCUGCCAUUAGCUAUUCGCAAAGCAUUGCCUAAAGAUAUAGUUAAAGUUCUUAUAGAGUUAACUAAUUUUUUUAGGCAACUUUGCUCAAAAGUUAAUCACAUAAAUGAUUUGGAACACAUUCAAGAUAGAAUUACUGUUAUCCUAUGUCAUCUUGAGAGAAUAUUUUCUCCAUCUUUUUUUGACAUAAUGGAGCACUUACCUAUACACUUGGCUGAAGAAGCAUUACUUGCUGGAGCUGUACAAUUUCGAUGGAUGUACCCCAUAGAAAGGCUAGUUUUUGUUUCCUUUAUGAAUGGAUUAUAUUUGUGUGAAUAUUUAACAUUUUGA